GUGCUACUGCGCAGGCGCAGGGCGAGGGGUCGGCUGGAAGCGGCCGAGUGGAACGGACCGUGGGGUCCUGUCCACGAUGGCCGAUUCGACUUGGUGGUACCGAGGAGGGACUUCCAAACAUGACCUGCAUUACAGACGGGAGGCAGAAGUUAACACCACGCUUGAGGAGUUGUUACUCUACUUUGUUUUUUUAAUAACUCUAUGUAUAUUGACCUUUGGGAUGGUCAACCCACACAUGUACUACUUAAACAAAGUGAUGUCAUCUCUGUUUGUGGACACGUCCCUUCCAGGUGACGAAAGAAGCAGCUUUAGGUCCAUUCGAAGCAUCACUGAUUUUUGGAAGUUCAUGGAAGGACCCCUUCUGGAAGGCUUGUACUGGGACUCGUGGUACAAUAACCAGCAGCUGCACAAUUUGAAGAACAGCAGCCACAUCUACUAUGAGAACGUGCUUCUGGGAGUCCCCAGGGUGCGGCAGCUGAGAGUCCGCAACAACACCUGCAAGGUCUUCUCGGCAUUUCAGUCGCUGAUGAGCGACUGUUACAACAAGUACACGGCUGAAAAUGAGGACCUCUCCGAUUUUGGCCUCAAGCGGGACACAGAAUGGAAGUACUCGCCUUCUCCUGCCAACGCCCCUUGGCACUGGGGAUUUGUCGGUGUGUACCGAGAUGGAGGGUAUAUAUUCACAUUAUCAAAAUCAAAAUCCGAAACCAAAGCCAAACUCGCUGAUCUUCGACUCAACAGCUGGAUCACAAGAGGGACCAGGGUGGUUUUCAUUGAUUUUUCCUUAUACAACGCUAACGUCAAUCUGUUUUGCGUCAUCAGGCUGGUGGCGGAGUUCCCUGCGACAGGCGGCCUCCUCACCUCGUGGCAGUUCUACUCCGUGAAGCUCCUGAGAUACAUCACCCACUACGAUUACUUCAUUGCCUCCUGUGAAAUCGUAUUUUGUAUCUUCCUUUUUGUCUUCAUAACACAAGAACUGAGAAAGAUGAAUGAGUUUAAGUCUGCCUAUUUCAAAAGUAUUUGGAACUGGCUAGAACUGCUGCUUUUGGUGCUGUGUUUCCUGGCUGUCUCUUUCUAUGCGUACUGUAACAUGCAGAAUUUUCUCUUACUUGGACGGCUGUUGAAAAACACUGAAAGUUACCCGAACUUCUAUUUCCUCGCAUACUGGCACAUUUACUAUAACGAUAUCAUUGCUAUCACUAUCUUCUUUGCAUGGAUAAAGAUAUUAAAAUUCAUAAGCUUCAAUGAGACCAUGUCUCAGCUGUCGUCAACCUUGUCCCGCUGCAUGAAGGACAUCGUGGGGUUCGCCAUCAUGUUCUUUAUUAUAUUCUCCGCGUAUGCCCAGCUGGGGUUCCUGGUUUUUGGGUCACAGGUUGAUGACUUUUCCACUUUUCAAAAUUCCAUAUUUGCGCAGUUUCGGAUCGUCCUCGGAGACUUCAACUUUGCUGGGAUCCAGCAGGCCAACUGGAUCUUGGGGCCCAUUUACUUCAUCACCUUCAUCUUCUGUGUGUUCUUUGUACUGCUGAACAUGUUCCUGGCCAUUAUUAAUGACACCUAUUCUGAAGUGAAGGCUGACUAUUCGAUAGGAAGAAGACCCGAUUUUGAACUUGGUAAAAUAAUUAAGAAGAGUUACCUUAAUGUUCUCGAGAAACUCCGACUGAAGAAAGCCCCAGACAGUGAAGACAAGAAAAUGAAAACCACCGGAGAUUUGGCCCAUCAAGCCAGAAAAGAAGGCUUUAGUGAGACCGAGAUCCAAGGGGCAGAGCAGAUGAAAGCGUGGAAGGAAAGGCUUGAAAAAAAGUAUUAUUCUACAGAAAUUCAAGAUGACUACCAGCCUGUCACUCAGCAAGAAUUUCGAGAACUCUUUUUAUAUGCUGUGGAGCUGGAGAAGGAACUGCACUACAUCAGCUCGAAACUAAACCAAGUGAUGAGAAAGCUACAACAGUCAUAGUGGAGGUGAGACCCCGCUGAGACCAGUGCUCUGGCACAGACUGUAAUGCUAUAAUAGUGGAGGUGAGACCCCGCUGAGACCAGUGCUCUGGCACAGACUGUAAUGCUGUAAUAGUGGAGGUGAGAUCCCGCUGAGACCAGUGCUCUGGCACAGACUGUAAUGCUAUAAUAGUGGAGGUGAGACCCCGCUGAGACCAGUGCUCUGGCACAGACUGUAAUGCUGUAAUAGUGGAGGUGAGACCCCGCUGAGACCAGUGCUCUGGCACAGACUGUAAUGCUGUAAUAGUGGAGGUGAGACCCCGCUGAGACCAGUGCUCUGGCACAGACUGUAAUGCUGUAAUAGUGGAGGUGAGACCCUGCUGAGACCAGUGCUCUGGCACAGACUGUAAUGCUGUAAUAGUGGAGGUGAGACCCUGCUGAGACCAGUGCUCUGGCACAGACUGUAAUGCUAUAAUAGUGGAGGUGAGACCCUGCUGAGACCAGUGCUCUGGCACAGACUGUAAUGCUAUAAUAGUGGAGGUGAGACCCCGCUGAGACCAGUGCUCUGGCAGACUGUAAUACUAUAAUAGUGGAGGUGAGACCCCGCUGAGACCAGUGCUCUGGCACAGACUGUAAUGCUGUAAUAGUGGAGGUGAGACCCUGCUGAGACCAGUGCUCUGGCAGACUGUAAUGCUAUAAUAGUGGAGGUGAGACCCCGCUGAGACCAGUGCUCUGGCACAGACUGUAAUGCUGUAAUAGUGGAGGUGAGACCCCGCUGAGACCAGUGCUCUGGCACAGACUGUAAUGCUGUAAUAGUGGAGGUGAGACCCCGCUGAGACCAGUGCUCUGGCACAGACUGUUAGGUACUUACUGUAUUCUCUCCUAAAACGUCACCAUCUCUGGCUACUUGGCUGUUCUUUCACUGUGCUAGGGACAGGGUACAGAGCCCUGCAAGUGUGAGGGAGGCACUGAGCUCCAGCUCCAGCAGAGACGCAUUUUAAAGGCACUAAAGCAGCAACCAGUGCUAACAGGAUGAUUUCCAUCAAUCAGAAUGGAGACCCUUGUACAAUCCACAAGUUCACUAACUACCUCCUAUAAUAUGCACAUGGGUAUACUCACAGGAUUUUUAUUACAAGAUUUAUUAUUAAAUUCUGGGAGUAUAAAAGGGAAGUAAAGUUAAUGCUUCUUGUCAUGGGGCAGAGUUUAAGAACUGGGGGCAGAUCUCCAAUAGCUGGAUGGGAGGUGCAGACAGAUGAACCGUUGGUGGUCUCAACUGUGUCCCAGGGUCUCACUUCCUUUGGCCAGAGCUAAGUUAAGUCAUAAGACUCUGGGAAAGUAUUAUAUAUGACCAACAUACAUAAAAUAAUCUCCAUUCUACAAACUCCAAAAUGCCUACAAAAAGUCAACUACAAAACUACAGCAGCUAACUACAGAAAUUUCACUAUCAUCUUCAAAUGCAGAAUUCAUCCAGUUUCUAAAGGACAGCAUUUCAAGUUUCCCAGAAAUAAAGAAGAUGGCAUAUUAAGGCCAUAAAAAGUUGUUUGGAAAUUACAGAUGCAGGUCCUUUGAGAGCUUUCUUGUUGGGAAGUUGUGUAUGACUGGUAUUUUACAAACUGGAGGGGAAUAUUAUUUUUCUAAGCUACAUAAGCCCCUCCAGAACAGCCAUAUGUUCUGUUCUGUGGGCCAAAUCAACACCACAUUCAACCAUAGCACUCAACUUACACAUUAAUGCUCAAUGUAUAUAUUUAAAACAUGAAUAAAGCAAAACUUAAAGAAAAAAGCUGGGCAGUGAUGGCACAAGUCUUUAAUUCCAGCACUUGGGAGGCAGAGGCAGGCAGAUCUGAGUUCAAGGCCAGCCUGGUCUACAGAACAAGUUCCAGCAUAGCCAGGGCUACACAGAGAAACCCUGUCUUACCCCAUCCUACCCUGGGGAAAAAAAAAAAAAAAAAAGUCACCCAGGCUGGCCUUGAACUCCUGGGCUCAAGGGGUCCUUCUGCCAUGGCCUCUAGAGUAGUUGGGAUGACAGGUGCAUAUCACACCAUGCCCAGUAAAAUAAAGGAAUUUAAAAAUAACUACCCAUCCAUCUUCCUCAAAGUAAGGAGGGUCAAGUUUUCUUAAUAUGGUAAUUCAUUGCAACAAGAAAUGACUAAUUCUGGCAUUAGGAGGCAGAGAGGAGGAACAGGAGUUCAAGGUCUUGGGCAACAGAGCGAUUUCAAGACCAGAUACAUGACACCCUUCUGGAAGGGAGUCUGCCUAUUCUCCCUAAACAGCUCUAAGAAGCAGUAUGUGGACUUUCCCCCAGAACAUGCUGGCCAAACUGUUGAGCAACCUUAGUGUGUCCUCUGCAUCAUCACUGGGUAGUGACUUAAAUAAGCCUAAGACAAUACCUCCUAGAAAAACGAACAUACAUUACAAUGACUUAGAACAUUAAAGUUCUUUUAUUACAAAAGUCUGUACAAUGAAGUGCCAAACACAGCAAUGUAAUUGUACUGGUGGACAUACAUAUAUCUAUAUAACACUUCUAUAUAGAUAUAAUUUUUAUUUGUACCAAAGUAGAACUCUCGCAGGUGCCUAAUUCUAUGACCACUGCUAAACCACGAGUCAGCGACAGCACACACUCGUGUGUCACCACUGCACUCCUCAGCCACAACUAACACCCAAGGACCAAUCAUGACGCAGCUGGAAUGAAAACCAGUCAGUGAGACCAGUCAGGCUACAGACUUAGAAAAAUAUUGUACUCAAAUAGAUUUAGCGUUAUAGAGAAGGAAUAUAUUAUUUAAAACAUUUAAAUAGUGCACAUGGACAUUUUUGCAUGUGGUAUACAAAAUAAAACAUUCAUAAAAAUAUACAGUGCACAUAAAAUUACACGUAGCAAUCCUGUCUGGACCAAAAGAAACUAAAAAGUACACCACAUGAUGGGUUCAAAUCAAAUGAUACAUUUUUUGGCAUUCUUAAUUACUUUCCUAAAAAUACAUUAUGAAUGAUCUAGCAAUAUCAAAAGGAACAACACAAACAAGGCUGGAUGAUUUAGUGCUUUUUAAAAAAAAAAAACUUCCAC